GUAGGUAGGUAGGAAGAAGAGGGAGGAAGAAGAGGGAGGAAGAAGAGGUAGGGAGAGACAACAUAGAAGGAGGUUGAGGAACGCCGAAUUUGAACGAGUGGAAGCAUAAUUCCGAAGGGGUUCGAGAGGAAGGCCAGUUCCGCGAACUCGCGUAAUCGAUUCCGUCAUGUCGCGGACCACCCGGGUACGGUCCUAAUAAAUAAGUAAUACGCCGGUUCAAGCAAAAGAUCAGAAUUCCAGGAGAGGAAAGAGCGAAGCAGCGCAGCGACCAAGACUCAUCUCUUGUACUACCUUUGCAGCUACGUAAAGUGUAUAGCUGAGAAACGUAAGUAAUAAUAAGAAUAUAUUUCGAGGGAAAAUCGAUAUCAAUCGAUAUCAAUCGAUAUCAAUUGUAAUUAUUGCAAGGAUUGAUUGUGUCUUUGGUUUCGUAGGGUACCUGCAACGAGCGAGAAGAUCUUAAAUUGCCGGUGCGAUAUCGGAGUAGCCAGAAGGGACGGUCCGCUGCUGUAGCGGUUCGCUGGUUGGCUACAAUUUUCUUGCUCAGUUAUACGAUGACACUUGGACCGCGUGUAACACUUGGAAGGUGUCAUUCUUAAAGAAGGUAGACUCAAUAGCGCAAGGUGGCAAAGAGGUAAAACGUAAUAGGUCUUCGCACAACGAGAACGCAAGGGAGAGAGUGAGAGGUGUAAACUCGAUACCCGAUGGAUCAUCGGAGCCCCGACGACAUUCGAGGCGCUAAUGUUCAGACCUAGGGAAGAAACAAAUGCUCUUUUUGUACUCAGAGAACAUGCGGUUUCCCUAUCCUCUAACCUUCCUAUUUCAUAUUUUUACACUUAUUUUGACACCUCCAAAAUUCCAAAAGAAUAAAGAACAAAUACGCGUAGCCCUAAUAAAAAAAAAAAAAAAAAAAAAACAAGAAAUUCUUUAGUUUAAUGCAGUAAAAAAUAGAUAUCUACAAAAUCUGAACUAAAAAAAUAGACGCGCUUCGUAAGUAAGCUUUUACCGAUGGUGUAUCAUCCUGCACGCGUGGAGCAUAUAGUCGGAGGUUCCCACACUGCAGACCAUGAUUUAUUGGCCUGCCACCCGCCAGACCUGCUGUCAUCAUCGUCCCAUCUUAUACCAACUUCCCUUUCUACGCGAUCUUCGCGCCAUAUCAGCUUCUUCUUUCCUCGCGCCCCAUGAAACAGGAAAGCCUUUUGAUGCCCCGGUGACGUCCAUCCGCCUUGCUUUGCCUUAUGCAGCCAAUCUUGCUGACUUCCAUACAUUCCAAUAAUUACCUUUUUUCUACGACCAAAAAACUAUAGGUAUGUCGCGCACAAACGAUCGCAACACUUUUCACCCGAGUAGAUAGCAAAUAUUCAAGGAUUACCUAUAUUGCGUAUUGUUUUAGAAAGAGAGAGAGAGAGAGAGAGAGAGGAGAAAAGUAAAGAAGGGUAAGAAGCUUAUUAAUAAGGUCACCUAGGGGAGGAAGGAAGGAAGGACGGAAGGAAGGAAGGAAGGAAGGAAGGAAGGAAAGAAGAGAGAGCGUAAGGGCGGCAUGUGGAUGGAAAGAAGGGAGGGGGAAGAGAGAGGCGCCGAAGGUGGCGACGAAAGAGGGGAGAGGAGACGAAAGGAAUCGCGAGGGUUCCUUCCAGAAGACGAAACGAAGACGAAGUUGUCGGGUGCGUAGGAAAGGAAGAGGGGUUAUUUCGUUUGGUCGUCUUUGGCGUGGUUUCCUAAGCUACAGCUCCAGUAGCAGCUUAGUGUCGUCGUCUCUGCUUUCUGCCUUGUAGCGCUCGACACACAGUCGAACUCGUUCGCCACUGGACGACGGAUGUCGUCGCCGUCGCCGUCGUCGCCGUCGUCGUCGUCGUCGUCGUCGUCGUCGGCGUCGGCGCUAUUCUCCUUAAGACACCUCGUCCUCUUCUUCCAUCUUCGCAACCCUAUUCCUACUUCUCCCCGAUCUUUCUCCUUCCUUUUAUAAAAUCCUUUUGUACGGUCCUCUUGGCAAUAGUCACGAUGUCGUCUUACUGUCCGCGGCUCCUCCUUCUCCUUCUCUUGGUCGCGUCACUUUCUACAUCUCGCUGCACCGGAUGCGCCUUUUGCGAGAAAUUCUUUCAACCACAGCAUCAGCAGCAACGUCAACACGAACAACGGGAACAAGAGGAGAAAUCAUAUUUGACUCGCAGGACGAUAAGCAGUCUGAGACCUUUUGGCGUCGAGAGACCAACACGUGCCCAAGAAUUCAACAGGACCGGCGUGUUGCAUCCCGAGUACCAGAUACCGGCAACUCUUCGACCGGGCAAUGUGUCGCAGUUUUAUUAUUUGAACCCGCGAGAAGGUCCACCUUUGACGUUGCUCGUCAGUCCCUGCAGCGGUCCGAUCUCGUGGACGGUCAGUUACGUAGAAACACCUGAAAACGAUCGAAAAUUCGAACGAACAAAAUUAGAUCAAACUCGAUGGCCAGUGAAAACUCUUAAACCAGGAUCGCCUUUGUUUACUUACGAAGGAGCAGAAGAUCAAAAUUUUACGAUAGCCCGAACGCGCGCUGGUUUGUAUUGGUUUGAAAUCAAAUCAAUGCGAGGUAGAAAAGUCGAAAAAUCCGAUCCAAGCACGGUAUUGUUAUACGCAACGUCCAACGCCUUGAAUCAUCUGCCAGGAUUUUAUGCGAACGAAAAAGAUAAUCGUCAACGUUCCUUAAGAUUUCAACAAAGAAGAAGCAAACGUCGUUUAACCAUAUCUUGGAACAAAAGCCACGUAGAUCCACACCUAUCCAACUAUUGUUUGGCCGUUACGUCGGGAACCGAAGCCCAUCCUUCGACGCUUUGCGCCGCACAAAACUUUCUUGUCGUUCACUCGUAUACCGUUGGCAAGGCAAGCUCCUCGAGCAACAGGGAGCAUCAAUAUCGAGGUGUCCCGGAAGGGCUUCAUUGCGUACGACAAACUAAAUUGACUCUUCACAGAAUGAAGUUUGACACUACGUACAACUUUACUCUAUACGUGGUUAACAUGCGUAAUAACGUUUCGAACAAACUUGCCACCGAUGCCAUAAGAUUUCGAAAAACGCCCGAGCUUAUGUUACACACGGGACGUUACGCUACGGUGAAUUUGAGAAAAACCGAUGGUUUCGUCAAUUUCCGCUAUCGCCCAUCGGAGAACGUAUCUAGUAUCUUCCACAUUCUUCCUUGCGGCGGUGGAAUAGUCAAGGCCAAAUUAAGCGCUCCAGGAAUACUGCGGGAAAAGGAAGUUGUGGGAUAUGCAUCUCUCCGAGUACCUUUACUACCCUCGGGGAAAGCUUAUAUUCUGCGCAUAUCUGCUACACCGCAAGAAUUAGCACGGGUCUCGGCAAUCAAAGUGCUCGUUACGCAGGAGUCUUCGAUGAUUUAUCCACAGGUACCAUCGAGAAGCACGCCACGCGAAUAUCGCUCUUUGAGAAACUGCGACGAGGUGACGAUCGGAGUAGAGUCUGCCGGUGCCGCGAAAUAUUGCAUUCUCGUAAGAGAAUUGAAAGAUUCCUCCUCUUCAAGUUUGAGCAGCGUUACUAGCGUACCCGAUCAGUGCGGUCUCCAUCGUCGUCGCCGAUCCGAAUAUACGUUCGAGGUCUGCGAAGAAAGGAAGACCACGCCGAAGGACAGAGCUCUACCGUUUACCAUAAAAAAACUUCAGCCAGGAAAGGCGUAUCUUUUACAAGUCAUGGCUCAACUCAAAGGUCGAUCUUUGUCAUAUCCUCUUUUAGGCGUACGCACGAAACGUACCUGUCUGUUGCAUUCGUAACGAUUGUACGAAAAUUGUCAAAAAUUUAUCUAUCACCUUUAUAUACCUAUCAUUAAAUCGUUCCUACAAUUUCAUUCACCUAUCCACACGGUGCUCAAUGAAAUAUCCUAAAAUUUACUUUUAUCGAUUUCGA